AUGAUGUACGGCAGCAUGACACUCACUACUGCUCCCCUGACCUUGACCAUGUGCGCAAUGGAAUCACCUACAGGCAUUCCUGGUGGAUCUGCAAACUCGGUGACCAUAUCACGUCUCACAGACGCAUCGCCUCUUCCGGACGAGACGGGCACUGGCACAGGUAGCGCUUCCGGAUCCAUUAGUUCUGCUCUCACCCUAAGCGUGAGCGUCUCUGGCUCUACUGUCACCACGGCGAUUUCAAAUUCGGCUGUAGACAGCAGUGAUGGCUCGCUUGUGAGCUCCCGACAGCCUACUGUGAGCCCAAGUGGAAAUGGCAUAAUUAGCAACGAUCAAUCCGUCACAAGUCUUAGUGCAAGUGAUGGUAGUCAACUCGUCAGCGGUGCUGCCUCUUCCGCUAGCAUCGGAGGAUCUGGUGCUCCUAUUGCCACAGUCGCUACGAGUAAUCCCCCUGAAGUGAGCAGCCUCGUAGAGCUCUCGCCCGGCGGCAACACACCCACUCCGACAGGUCUCGGAAGCCUACCUACUUUUCUAGCGAGUACACAGGCCUCUGCUUCUGCCGGACUCUACAGACCUACAGGAUCACUGUUAGGAGUGGGCGCCAGCCAGCAGAAUGGCACAAUCAGCUUGCCUCCACUAUCUAUUGACGCGCUUAAACUGGCGCUUUUCCUGAAGAAUCUGGGUGUUUGGACGUUCAAUGAGAGUAGGAUAGCGGAACUGAGUUCACUGACCGCGAGACAGGAACGAGAGGGCCUGGCCAGUCUAGUGGCAGACAUUGCUGUGUUGAAGACGCUACGAAUGCUGCUUCUCCAGUCUGGAAACAUAGACGUGCCAUCCUGCCAAUACGACUUGCCCAAAAACAUAACUGAGCUCAGCUUCCUCAUGGUUACACUAAAAUCCAUCAACCUCGGCGUAUUCAUGUCUAUGGCUGAGGCAGCGGAGCGACCAGUCGCCAUUUUGCUAUCGAGUAUUGCGAGUGUAGAAGCGAAGCAUAUAGCGCUCCUCAGUGACCACACACACCACAAUGCGAGUGCACAGUCUUUCGAUACGCCGGCGACUCCAGCCUGGGCCUACAACAUCGCGCUGCAGUAUUCCCAGCCAGGCUCUUGCAGCGUACAGCUGCCGCUACCUAUAUUGCCGAAGCUCACGAUUAACAAUCAUACAUUUGCUCAUGUCCAGCCCGGUGCCAAAGUCAGUGUAGAGUGGGGUGCCGCUGCUGGCUUAUCAGGCACCGCCUUUGCAGUCCUGACAGCGCAGGAAGGACUGACUAGCAUUGCGGAUCUGACAGCGGCUACACUGGCAGGUCCACUUGUGGUCAACUCCCAGCCUUAGGAUCAUAUAUGCGCUUUCGCCAUUUCUAGCCCAAUCGGGUGUACAUGAUGCUUGCGUUGUUGUUUAUUAAUAUUCUAGUUAGGUAACUAGUGCUUUUCUGAAGAAACUACUAAUUUGAUAACUGAUUGU